CUAAUAUUUCUCAAGGUCAUUUAAAAUUCGUUCAAGGGUCGGCAGUGUAGUUUAAUAUUGCCAGAAUAUCCUAUUAGAAGAUUAAUUCCAGUCGCGUACAGGUUUCCCCACCAAAAAUUAAUAGUCCUGGGUACAACUACCAAAAUAAGGAAGCACAACUGUGUAUUUAGAAUAGAGAAAGCGUUGUGAUUUUCGGCCAUUUUUCGGUUUGGGUUUAGCAUGAAGGUAUGCUGUGAGUUGGGGGAGUGUGAAGAGCUGUGUGUAAACUUAUUUUAAGGGACAAAAGAAAAAGUACGUCGACGACCCAUUAAGUACACAAAACGCAUAUUUAAUAAUGAAAACAACCGACAACAAUUAGGAAUGGCACAAGAUUGUACCCUUAUGAACAUAGUCUUAUAAGGUUAAAACAUUCUGACUAUAAGUAGCGUAGGAUUUCGAAUGAGCUCUAGAAUUCACUGUUGAUCUUUAAGAGUAAAUUCAAUGUUCACCUGAGUUGGAUUUCAUUGGUUGUCUCAAGAAUAUGUCAAGGACAGUGGGCAACAGCGGUACGAAGAUAAGUAUCUACGUGACAUACUGGUUCCUGAGCUGGUAUUUCUCCAAACGUAACGUAAUCGGAGAAACAACGAAAUUUGUGUGGAUCCUCAUGAAGCGUAAGCUAUCUGAUCGUGUUAACGGCCCCCCAAAAGUUAUGAAGGUAUCCAAUAUACCUGUAAUGAAAACAGUAUGUGAUGCUCUUGAAUAUCUGUUCAGUCUAUAUCCUUCUACUAACUCAAAAAUUCUUGGCCGCCCAAUCGUUUUGAAAUCACAGUUAUACACUCUUGUAAAUAAUCGGAACAAAGUAGAAUCACAGCUGUCAGAUAUGCAGGCAUCUCAAAGAAUACGUUUAUUAAACAUAGACGACCAAAUUGAUGAUUCCGUUGGUAUAAUGAAAUCUGAUGAUUUUGUAAAUUCUUUCAGAGAUUUUUCUAUUGAUGAGUCAGAGAUUUUAGAACGAUUUGCGGAAUUUACUAGUCAGAAGUAUCAUUAUUUAAGCUUGUGUAAACGUGUUGCAUCGGAAAAUUUUUCGGAUGAUGAAAUAAGCGUUUUAAUACAAAAUGGAGCUCUAACUAUCAAAUCCGAGAAUAGUUGGUACAUUUCCACUCCAUAUCUUGGUGCAUUUAUCCGUGCCUACAAAGCUGGUCAACGGGGUUUGUUAGCAGUAAUUAAGAAGACGCGAUUCAAAGAAUUAUUGCUAUCUGAGGUUUUUCAUCGAAACCUGGGUAAAGGUGCUUAUCUAGGUCAUAUGUAUCACUUACUCGCUCAUUUAGGAGCUGGAACUUUGAAUUCUGUUCAAACUAGCUCUGGUUUGCUUAUCAGAUUGUAGCGCUCCAAGACAAAAUGAUUAAAUUUGUACGACUGGUUCUACUUUGACUUUUUAAGGAAUUAACUUCACUGUUUCGGUUUCCAUUUUUGCUAUAAUAUAAAAUCUUACUUCCUAUAUUUGUAUUGGUAAAAAAGUAAAUCCAUCUUAUAAUUUCGACAUCAUUAGUUUUCACCCGUUAAGAUGUAAUUGAUCAUUGCAGUAUUGUAAUUAGUUUUUGCUUAGGAUGCACA